AUGAGCAGCGCGGCCCCGCUCCUACUCUGCGCCGCUCUGCUGCUUUUGCUGCGGCUGGCCGCGCCGUCGGCGCCCGGGAAGACCGUGCGGUACCGCGUGCUGGAGGAGCAGCGCGUGGGCACGGUGAUCGGACGGCUGCUCGAGGACGCCGCGAGCGCGCUCUCCGGUCUGCCCAGCUCGGUCUCUCCGCGUUUCCGCGCGAUGAACGGCGGGGCGACGCCGCUACUCUCCGUGCGCGAGGAGGACGGCGAGAUCAGCGUGGCGUCGCGCAUCGACCGCGAGGCGCUUUGCGCGCAGCAGCCCAACUGCACCAUCGAGCUGGACGUGGCCACGCUGCCCACGGAGCACCUGCGGCUUUUCCGUGUGCGCGUGGACGUGCUGGACGUCAACGACCACGCGCCGCGGUUCGCCCGCGCCGUGGUGCCCGUGGAGAUCUCCGAGAGCGCCGCGGUGGGUACGCGCGUACCGCUGGACGGCGCGUGGGACCCGGACGUCGGCGAGAACGCGCUGCGCUCCUACUCGCUGGCGCGCAGCGACCACUUUCGGCUGGAGGUGCGUGCGCGGGCCGACGGCUCGCGUCGAGCAGAGUUGGUGGUGGCGCGCGAGCUCGACCGGGAGGCGCGCGCCGCGCACGAGCUCCAGCUCACGGCCGCGGACGCGGGCGCGCCGCCGCGCACCGGCUCCACGCUGCUGCGCAUACGCGUGCUUGACUCCAACGACAACAGCCCGGCCUUCGAGCAGCAGGCUUAUGCCGUGAGCGUGCCCGAAAGCGCGCCCCCAGGCACGCUGCUCGUGGACCUGAACGCCACGGACCCAGAUGAGGGCAGCAAUGGCAAGGUUGUUUACUCUUUCGGCACUCACGUGGCACAGAAAAUCCUAGACACCUUCCGAAUUGACCCAGAGACUGGCCAUCUGACGCUGGUCAAGAAGCUGGACUAUGAGGCCUCUGCGUCCUAUGAGAUCGAUGCCCAGGCACAGGACAUGGGGCCCAACUCCGUGCCAGGCCACUGCAAGGUUGUGGUCAAGGUGGUAGAUGUAAAUGACAACAAGCCAAGGAUCAGUGUCAACCUGAUGAGCCAGGGCAAGGAGGAGGUGGCCUAUGUGUCUGAAGCAGCACCAGUGGACACCUUCGUGGCUUUGGUUCGCGUGGACGACAGUGACUCGGGCCCAAACGGAGAGGUUUCCUGUCGACUGCAUGGGCACGGCCACUUCCGGCUACAGAAGACGUACGAGAACAACUAUGUUAUCCUGACCAACGUGUCACUGGACCGCGAGAAGCGCUCUGAGUACAGCCUGACGGUCAUCGCUGAGGACCACGGCUCUCCAAGCCUGUCCGCGGUAAAGCACUUCACGGUGCAGGUGCAGGACGAGAACGACAACCCGCCGCGCUUCGAGAAGGGCCGCUAUGAGAUCUUCAAGUCAGAAAACAACUCGCCUGGUGCCUACCUCACCACUGUGGUGGCUGACGACCCGGAUCUGGGCGCCAACGGCCAGGUGACCUAUUCCAUCGUGGAGAGCCUGGUCCAAGGCAGCUCCAUCUCCACCUACGUGACCAUAGACCCAUCCAACGGUGCCAUUUAUGCUCUGAGAAGUUUCGACCGCGAGGAGGUAGGCCGGCUAACGUUCACUGUGCAAGCGCAAGAUGGAGGGGGUGGAGCCUCUUUGAGCAGCAACACCACAGUGGUCAUCACUGUGCUGGAUGAGAAUGAUAACCCUCCAGUCAUUGUUUCGCCACUGCUUAGCAACCGCACUGCAGAAGUGCCACUGUGGAGGCGGGCGGAACCAGGGCACCUAGUGACAGUCAUCAAGGCCACUGACCGGGACUCUGGGGCCAAUGCUGAACUUACCUGCUCCAUCGUCGGUGGAAACGAAGAGGGGCUCUUUCUGAUGGACCCUCGGAGGUGCGAACUGAGAACGAAUGCCAGCUUGGAAGUUUCUCCACGGGAUGCUUUCGACUUAGCCAUCCUGGUGCAGGACCGCGGUGCAACCGCCCGGCUUUCGGCCCGUGCUAUCCUCCAUGUUAUAUUGUGUGACCACCCUGAGUCCUACCCUCUCGUGCCCCCCUCCGAUGGCACAGGCCAGACCCCCUUGGACGUUUCCACCAUUGUCAUUAUCUCCCUAGGAGCCAUCUGCGGCGUGCUGCUGGUUGUCAUGGUGGCAUUCGCUACGCGCUGCUCUUCUCGUGACCAGAAGGACCCGCGCCACUCGUACAACUGCCGAGUGGCCGAGUCCACCUACCAGAACCACCCUAAGAAGCCGGCCCGGCAGAUCCACAAAGGCGACAUCACUCUGGUGCCCACGGUGAACGGGACACUGCCUGUAAGGGCGCAUCCUCGCUCACCCUCCGCCUCGCCUGCACCAGAGAGCCGGCAAACCCACCACAGCCGGCAGUCGCUCAACAGCCUCGUCACCAUCUCCUCAAAUCACGUGCCAGAGAACUUCGCCCUGGAGCUCACUCACGCCACCCCACCAGUGGAGGGCCAGUACCAACCCAGACCCAGUUUCCGUGGCAACAAAUACACUCGGAGCUACAGGUAUGCUCUAAAUGAGAUGGACAAGUUCAGUCUGAAGGACAGUGGCCGAGGGGACAGUGAGGCUGGAGACAGUGACUGUGAGAUGGGCAGGGAGUCGCCUCUGCUGGGAGAAGGCUUCAGUGAGCUGUUUACACCUGAUGGACAGCACAGACUACAUCCAGCGAUGAAGCUGUGUACGGACGAGUGCCGUGUCCUGGGUCACUCUGACCAGUGCUGGAUGCCCCCUCUGCCCUCUCCAGCUUCUUCUGAUUACCGUAGCAACCUAUAUAUUCCCGGAGAGGACCCCCAGCAGAGCCCGGCGGCCCCGGAGGCCCCCCAGUCUGGGGAGUCCACCCUGAGGAAGAAGAGCUUCUCCACCUUCGGCAAGGAGAAUGAGGAGGAGGGCCAAGAAGACGGCGAGGCAGGGAAAGGAGACGACCUGUGUGGGACCUCGUCGCUGCUGUCCGAAAUGAACAGCGUCUUCCAGAGGCUCCUCCCAUCCUCCUUGGACUCCUACAUCGAGGUUGGCGAGACAGGAGCCGCUUCGACAUGCCCAGCCGGAUUUGGGUCGCUUGAAAGGAGGAAAGGUCACCUGCCCGGUAAACCUAGCCCCGCCACCUACCAGCAAGGUGUGGCUGCCUGGGCUGCCAACACACACUUCCAGAAUCCUGGCCAUGGCCAUGCACCCGCCAGUCACAUGACCGCUGUGGUGGCGCCUCUACCCGCGGCUCUACCAACACCUAUCCAGGUGUCGACUUCCUGUUCAAAAUGGUUGCCAGCCAUGGAGGAGAUUCCAGAGAACCAUGAGGAAGAUGAGCUGGAGUCCGUUCUGGGCCACCUACAGGGCAAACGCUGCGACAGCCGCAGCGAAAUCAUGGACGCCAGCGAACUCGUGGCAGAGAUCAAUAAACUCCUGCAAGAUGUCCGGCAGAGCUAGAGAUCAGGCCACUAGGGGUCGUAUUUCAUAUUGAGAUUUCUCAGUGAAGCUAGAUAACUUACGAUACCUUCAUGUUGGUCCUGUUUCCUGCUUAUGAAGUCAUAUGUACAAAGUAUUUGCAUUCAAUUGCUUCGUAGUUGAAAGCAUAGUUAGCUAGUUAGCUAGCUUGAUUUACUUUGGGAUCUUCCUAAAGUUUUCCCACCUUAAAAUGUGCAUAAUGCAAUGAAGAUUUACGGUAUGCAAACGUUUAUAGCGUGAUCAUAACUGGUAAACAUGGAAAAAUAAUUACUGACCACUGAGACCACCCUUUCCUCUGCGGUGCUGAAGGGGUCAGAAAUGCUGGUUAGAAAAUUGUUUUCUACUUGUAGUUAUGGCUUUUAAGGGAUGUUCUUGUGCAACUUUAAGGUGGGGAACUUGUAUUUACGCUAUGUUCCAUAGCACAUGAAGGCAGCAUUAAGCCCAAAGUGAAGACUGCCAGAUAAAAAUGUCCUUUACCUCUUCUCAAAAUGUUCAGGCUUGACUUAUGGCUUAAGUUAUCUGGGUAAACCAAGAAAUUCUGAUCUCCUGAGAGGAAAAAAUAUAUAAAUAAAGACAUGCCAUGUUUGUUUUUUUUUCUAUGAAUGGGAAAAGGGGUAUUUAAAAAAAAAUGAUAAAGAAAAAAAAUCAAAGACCUGCAAUUGUCGUUAAAGUUGCGUUUCUGAACGUUACGUGUUUUGUGAAUGCUAAUUAUCCAAAUGAUAUAUGGAUUUCCUGCUUUUUUUUUUUGUUUUUUGUACACAGUGUACACGAUGUGAGUGUAUUUAUCUUUGUAUUUUAAAAAUACAAUUUGUAGUCUUUAUAUUUAUAAAAAAUGCCUGUGUACAUACAUUUAAGCAAUCAGAUUUCUAUUUUUAUAUUUUGAACGCAUGUUGGAAAAAUAAUCAAGGCCAACAUGCCUUUGUAAAUAUUCCUAUUUAUGAAAAGCAACAAAUUUGUUUUUUAUGUUAUUGUUACACAUUAUAUAUUAUAAGUAUAUUGAGAAUAUUGUGUUAUUGGGAGGGGAGCAUGUUGGGGGUUUUGGUAUUUAUAAUGGUGUAUUCUUUAUGUACUGUGUCAAACUUUGUUCAUGUUAAAUGAAUGGGAAAAUAAAAAUGUUGGAUCUGGUACAGAGGAGCUGUGUCUUGUUUUCUGACUCUAUAAUAUGAGCACUGCACUAAAACGCCAGUGUUUAUAUGUUUUUGGUUGCAUGUUUGUGGUAUCAUUUGUAAUUCGGGGGCUUCCGACUGUGUGCUGGGGUGUUUGUUUGGUGUGCACUCUUUGUUGUGGAAAGUUCUCUUUUAAAACCAAGUGAGAUAUUUUUGGAUCAUCUGUAUCUUCCAACUUCAUUGUUUGAGCUCCCCCUGCUGGCCACACUGGAGAAGUUUAUCCAAUAUGGUCACUAUUCAUCACCAUUCAUUCGAUUAACAGAGGUUGAGUGUACGAGGUGGAAAAAAAAAGAAGAGAAAUCAGGAAAGUUGAGAGUAACG